AUGAUCGUAGUUAAAUUGCAUAUUUCAAAAAGGGUUUGCCACCUCAGAGCAUUGUUGAUUCAUGAUGAACAUCAUCAGACUUGUACAGAAGCGAUGAACAUGAUGGUGCAGUUUCCGUUGGCAUGGAAACACCAACAAGAUCGACGUUUUGAAGAUAACAUUUUUCGCCGACAAAACAAUCAAAUUAACAGCUCGGAUACAAAGCGUAUAAAGGAGAAUACUUAG